AUGGCAGGGAGACAGCGCAUAGUUCGCCAGUACUACGAGGAACCACGGGGAUUUCGUGAUGGUCCCCCUCCUCGACUUGCACGAGAAAGGUCUCUCUCACCACGACGCAUCGAGGGAGAGCUGUCUAGCCGCCGUGGUGAGAUACGCAGAAUCCAUGAUGAUAACCAACAUCUGGCGGAUGAAAUUGUUGGACUCAGGCAAGCAAUGUCUCGUUUGAAAGAAGAUCUCCAUUCCUCAAGUCAGGUUAUACCUAAGCUCCGCGCAGAGAAGGAACUUGAAUCGAGGGAGCUGACUCAGAGGAAUCUGAAGCUGGAAGCUGAGCUACGCUCCUUAGAACCCCUUAGGCAAGAUGCCUUGCAUCUACGAUCUGAAGUAGGUACGCUAGCGUCUUUGAGGCAAGAGCUGAACGCAAAGGUGCAGGGUCUGACAAAGGAGGUUGAGCAACAGAGCUCUGAAAACCAGCGAAUACCUGGCAUGAUAGCUGAACGUGAUGGUCUGCGGCAGGAACUAAUUCGUGCUAGGGCGGCUCUUGAUUAUGAGAAGAAUGCAAAGCCAGAGCGGAUGGCACAGGUGCAGGCAGUGGAAAAAGAUCUUGUGAGUAUGGCUCAGGAGUCCGAGAAGCUUAGGGCUGAGAUUGAGAAGAGAAGGGCACUACCUAGGGUCAGCGGCCAUGGAGCUUACGGGCCACCUAUGACGACUCCUGGGAUGGACUUGCAAGGCAUGUACGAUGGGGGCUAUAACUCCUACACAGAGAAGCGCUACGCACAGGUGCUGGACCAUGGGACCCCCCUAGCUACCCGCGUCCUUGAGUUGGGCUUUUGA